AUGCUCUACCAUAGGCUGCAGUGUGUGAAUGAGUUUGUUUCCUCUUGUGUUCCAGGUGAGCAGCAGCAGGGGGCGCCCUCCCCCAACCCCCUGAAGAAGGACGUCGCUAACAUGGAGAAAGAGGAGCUCCAGAAGGUCCUCCUGGAGCAGAUUGACUUCAGGAGGCGGCUGGAACAGGAGUUCCACGCCCUGAAGGGCACCUCCCCGUUUCCUGUGUUCCAUAAUUUCCAAGACCAGAUGAAAAGAGAGUUGGCCUACAGAGAAGAAAUGGUUCAACAGCUGCAGAUGAUACCGUAUGCAAACAUGUUGAGGAAGGAGAAAAUCAGCUCGCACCUAAACAAGUGAUUACUCCUCCAAACCUGGAAGAAAAAGAAAGCGGAGUUUGGUGGGCUCAUCCUUCUGGAAUGUAGUGAGACAACCACCAACAGAAACACUGGAUUUAUAAACUGUAAAUAUAUAAAUAUAUUUCCAAAUUUAAAAAAUAAGAUAUUGAUGCGUUCUGGACACUUUUUGGAGGGUUGUGACGCCAUCUCUAUACUGUGCCGUUUGUAGAAAUCCUACCUCAGACCAAGAAACUAGCCUUGAGCUAACAACCUCAAUGGCUAGCCUCGAGCCAAAGAGCUCAAAUCUUGGUCAGCCUCGAGCUAAAAAGUAAAACUCUAAACUAAAUGGUAGGUUAGCCUCAGGCUAACUUACUAAAUGUGAGGUGAGACUUCAGUUAAUAAGCUUAACACUAUGUUAACCUCAAGCUUACUAAUUAAAUGCUUUGCUAGCCUCAGGCUAAUGAGAAAAACACUAUGAAAGCCUCAAGCUUAUUUGCUAAAUGCUGUGUUAGCCUAAAGAUAGCAAGCUAAAUGCUAGGGUUGCCUUGAUCUUGCUAGGCUGGGUGACUCCAAAGUUUUAUCGGAAAACAAAAUGGCAACAGGAAGAGGGAUUUGAUCCAGCUCCAACUGUGACAAUGGAAACGUGAGAAAACGACAGAAGGGCAAACAGAGAACAAAAGUCACGUUGAAAUGACGGGUCUAACUCGUCGCCCAAACUCCACAUUCUCAAGCACAGUAUUAUAUACUACUGCAUACAUUAUAAACUAUUGGAAUCCUAAAGGCACCGACUUCUGGAUCUGGACCGAGCCUCCACAGCCAAAACAAGCUGGCCCAUUAUGUCCUGUAAUUAUUAUGCUGGUCAGAAGAGGUUGUGCUUGUUACCGACCAAGGAUCGGUUGUCAGGACUCUUGACAACACCAAGAUGGACUCUUUGGUCUCUGGUUUGCUUUCUACACAUUUUGUAAAGCACACAAUGGACGGCUUUAUCUAGCAACUGGGGGCCCAAAUGGAACAAUAUUAAUUGUGAGGUCUAACUUAUUCCUUGUACAUAAACAUGUAAAUACCACGACUGUACAGAAGUUCAUACGUGAAGAUGUUACACUCUUUUGUGUUUUGUACGUUUAUUUGAGAAUAAAGUUUAAUAUAUUAUUUAUUUAUUUAUUUAUUACCAUGUAAAAAAAUAUAUUAUAAGGACGCAUGGUAGUGGUUGUGGUGAUGUAAUGUCAUAACGAAGGAAGGGGCUUAUGUGAUGGUGUCAAAACGAAGGUAGGCGCUCAUGUGAUCAUGUCCUGCAGGAGGGGGGUGGGGAUUAUGUUAUUGUCAUAAAGGAGGGCGGGGCUUAUUUGAUCAUGUCAUAACGAGAGGGUGGGGCUUAUGUGGUGAUUAUGGUGAUGAUGUCAUAUUGAGGGGAAUACAGCUCCUUGUGGGCAAGAGUGAAUACAUGAAUAUUGUUAUCACUAUAAACUGUUCUAACCCCAAUGCAAAUGUAUUGAAAAUGUUCUUUCUCAACUAUUUAUGUGGAUAAAUAAAGUCUAUAUACAA